AUGACGAUAAUGAUUUUUCUUACGCAACAGGAACCCAAGAAUGAACAUGUAGCCAUGGCAGCAUACAUGAAUCCAAAGUUAAUUAGCAGAGAUCCGCCUCUUUCCGUUGUUGGUGGCAAUGCUGUUAAACCUCGACCAAGGACAACCAGACCUGGCACAGCACUGUAUGGGGACCAUGUUCACAAUGACAGAUCUGCUGAGAGUGAUGACAUUGCUGCCUUAUUAUCUCGAUUACAGUCUACAAAUCUGAGAGGAGACCAACAACCCAAGUCAACUAAACACUUAAUGAAUAUCAAAUGUUCCUGUGGUGAUCUGUCAAACCUCACAUUAAAACUUGAAGACAUUUCUGAAAGUGACAGUGACUCAGACCAGUGUGAAUUCUCAUUUUCUCAACUCUUAUCAACUUUAAUUGCAUACAACAAAAAGGAUUUCAAGAAAUUAUCGGUUCCAGUUAAGAAUUUGAUAUCAAGUUACAAUGAGAAUGAGAUUAUUACACAUGAACAACUCAAACAGUUAUUGGAUUUGCUCAAUAAUGGCAGCAUUCCAGUUAAAGAAGCUGUUGCCAUAGUAAUACAACGAAUAUCAUGCCAUGAGACAAAUGCUGAGAAUUUAAUUGAGAGGAAUUUUGUAUACCAUUUAGUGAAAUUGUUAGAAAGACCAGAAACAACAUUACAAGCCUAUUCUACUUGCAUUACAAAAGAUCACCAAAACCUCUGCAGUGACAUUUGGAUGGAAUAUAUGGUAGUUAAAGGUCUGCCUUUAAUCGCUAACAUAUUAUCGCAUAGUAAUAUCAAAUCAGUACAAGUAGCAGCUUUAUGUGUCAUGAGAUCAUUGGCAGCAAAUGGUAAAUUAUGUAUAUUAAUUGUAGACCAGUGUAUGCAACCAAUAAUGGACAAUGCCUAUUUGAGUAAAGAACAUAAGAAAGUAACAUGCAGUAUCAUGGCAAAUUUAGCUGCACAUAAUGACCAUAUUAUAUCAAAUAUAUUAGACUGGAACACACUACCUCUCAUCAGUACUGUACUCAAAGAUGGAACUUGUGGUGCCCAAAUAUAUGGAAUGACAUUUCUUGCUAAUCUCUCUGAGUGUGACUAUGGAUUAUCAGUUAUAUUAGAAGAACAGUUGGUUCAAUAUGUCAUCUAUUCUAUAGCUAAUUCUAGUUGCAGAGAGAUACGAGAAACAGCCUGUAGAAUUAUAAAAAACAUGUUGGUAUGUAGAAAGACACCACAAUUGAGAGAUUUUAUACUUCAGAUAGCAAACCUAAACUCUCAAAAAGAUACAACAGAGGCAGAUAUGGACAUGACAACACUUGACACAGAGGCACUGUUAAAAUUAGGAAUUGGACGUAAAGAAGUCAGUGCAAAAGUGGAAAAAGGAGUUAAGAAGUUGACGUGUAUAUUGAUUACACUGUUACUCCGAGAAGCUAAAAUUGAUGUGAAUGCUGAAACUAAGAAAGUACAAAACAUAGGUUUUCGUCCUUCACGUGACAGAUAUCAAACACUGAAAUAUAUUAUCAGCUGUCUGACUGCCAUUAUUGCACUUCCACUCAAUAAACCAAGAUAUUAUGAUGGGGCUGGUGAUGCAGAAACAAGACCAAACUGCCAACAUCAAAAGACUAAUCCAAAUAUGGUCAAAAUUCUUGUUGAGAAUGGUGCCCUCUAUGUGUUAGAUGUGCUGUUUGUUUACUCUUGUAAACUGAUAGGAAACAACAGUGGAAUGAUGAGUAGUGAAAACAACAGUGGAAUGAUGAGUAGUGAAAACAACAGUAUUGAUGUGCUGCAUUUACACGCAUUGAUGAAUAUGUGGGAUAAACCAGAUACUGUGACGUUUAGAUUUGACCCAAAGGAACUGUACUUUGUCCAUCACAUGUUGACAUUCAUCUCUAUAUUUGUGAGUUUCUGUUCACGAUUAGUAUAUGCUGAUCUCGAACAAAAAAUUCUGCAAGAUUUGAAGGAAGAGCAGCAAGAAUGUAAUAAGGAUGAUGACGUUGAUGAAAAAAGUACUCCCAUUAAUGACAAUCCUGACAAGAAAGUUACAUGGUGUGACUCAAUUCCAAGUAUAUUGCAUGUACCAUCACAUCCAACAUCAUCAUCUGUGUUGCUAGCAACACCACGCCAACCAAGUAGACAAGGAAGAAGAACAAAAUUAAAAGAGCGGAUAAGACCAUCAUCUGGAUAUAGAUUUCACAGGAGAGGAUGUAAUCCUGCAGAAAAUAGUGACAAGUUAUUUUUUGAAAGACUGGAAAGAGAAAUGUCUGAUUUGAAGAAACAUAUGAAGCUGUUAAUGCUGAAAGAGGGUGUAAUACAAAGUGUUGGCCCUUGGUUACAAAGUGAUUUUAUUGAAAUCAAAGUUACAGUACUAGAUAUACUACAAUGCAUGAUACAACCAUUAAUAGGGACAGAUUAUGGCAUGAAGUCUGUAACUCCAUUUAGUAAAAGACCAACCUCAGCAAAGACGAUAACCGAAAGAGAUGAAGCAAUACAAAGAGCAUUAGGUCACAUGACAGAUUCCUCAGCUAUGAUUAUAAAUGAUGCACUCAAUAAAGCAAAAAGACCAAGACCAGCAUCAGCUCCUUCCAAAAAUACUAAAGGUAAACUACAAGAGCGCCAUGCUCCUCAUCGGCUGUUGUCUUGGAAACCCACUAUAGAUUACAGUCAUCCCUUAUCAUGGCAGUGUUGUCUAUCUAUAUUUGAUGUAUGUGGCAUGUCUAAUAUGAGUGGGUUGUCAAGCAGUAAUCAUCAAGUGAAAUUAAAGUCAUUAAUGAUUAUACAUAAUGCGGCUGCUUUUGGAGAGACAACUAUUCAUAUGAAGCUGUCCUCUCUUGGAUGUAUUCCUAAAUUAAUUGAAUUUCUACGACUGAAUGAUGGAGAAGAUCUGAUGCAGAUAUUAGCUUUAAUGACAAUACGGACCUUAGUAACAGAAGACACAAGAUUAAAGCAACUUUUUGUCAAACAUGGUGGAGCUGAUUUAUUGAUGGCUAUGUCCAAUUGGACAAGUGGAAUGGUCAAAAAAGAAGUCACACAGACCUUGACAAGUAUCACAAGAA